UGCAGGACUACUGGAAACAAUCUGCUUUGGUGCUUUGACAUCUCCCAUCCGUGUGAUCCAGGAGUGGACAACUCCAGAGUAAGAUGAGAUCUGGCUUGCUCACUUGCCUGCUGUUCUUGGAAGUGGCCUAUGUGUCUGGACAAGGAUCCCGGAAUAGUGAUGGCGUGUUAAAUCACUCCACAAGAAGAGUUCGUGUUGGCAAGAGAAUUAUCAGUCCUGCAGUGAGGAAAAAAGAUGAGUUUCAGGAGUGGACAACUUGGUUCAACAUUGACCACCCAGGUGGCAAUGGAGACUAUGAACGUCUUGAUGCUAUCAGAUUUUACUACCCAAGCCGAGUUUGCCAAAAGCCCCUCCGCAUGGAGGCACGGACCACAGAGUGGGUUCCAGCAGGCAAGACAGGAGAAGUGGUACACUACAGUCUGGCAAAGGGCUUCUGGUGCAUCAAUAAGGAGCAACCAGAGGGCAAAAAUUGCUCUAACUAUUCCGUUCGUUUCCUGUGCCCAGUGGUUUUAACAACCUCUCUUCCAAAAGAAGCUUGGUCAGAAUGGUCAGCAUGGAGUGAGUGCUCAGCCAAAUGUGGCAGCACAGGCAUGCAGACCCGGAGGAGGACAUGCCUAGCAGAGGACCAGUGGCAAGAGCACUGUAAUGGUCCCACAGAGGAGGGACGCAGGUGUACUGGACAACCAUGUAUAGAAUGCAAUAUGAGCUGUCCUGUGGGUAAAGUAAGUGCAGACUGCAGUGUCUGUGAAUGCAAAAACCAAGUAUUGUAUGGUACAGUAGCACUUCCAGAUGGAGCUCCUGCUGCUGGUGCAAAUGUCUACAUCAUGUCUAAAAAACCCAAACUGAAAGCUGUAUCAGAUUCUCAGGGGAAGUUCCGAGUGGUGGGAUUGUGUCCUGACAGCACACUGCAGCUGAAAAUGGAAAAAUAUUCUUUGGUCAAUGUAAAAAUACCCAAGAGAAACAACACAUCCUCUUCUAUCACCAUCACAUUGAAGAGGAAAGAAAAGCCUUAUAUAGUGGAGAACCCUGAGUCCAAGGUCAGAAGAGUGGGUCAAAGUGUGACAUUCUGCUGCAAUGCUGUAGGUGAACCAAUCAUAGAGCAAUACCUGUGGUACCAUAAUGAUACUUUGCUAGAUCAUAGCAUUUAUAAAUUCAGUAACCAGCUUGUUCUGAGGAAGCUGCAAACGAGCCAGGCUGGAGAGUACUACUGCAAGGCCAAAAAUGAUGCCGGAUUUGUGAAAUCCAGUCCUGCUAAGCUCAAGCUCAUUGCUAAUGAAAAACUUGCCUGCAGUCCCAAACCAGAGAAAAAUCUCAUUAGGCUUCCGCAUGACUGUUUUCAAAACAGCACCAAUUCUUUUUACUACGACGUGGGAAAAUGCCCCUCUACUUCCUGUCCUGGAGAUCUGGAGAAUGGACUGCGAUGUAAAGAUGCAGUGCCCUACUGCUGUGGAAUAACUAAGACACAAGUUAAAGAGAUCUCAUGCCAGGACUAUGUUCUUCCAGUUAAAGUGGCUGUUGAGUGUGGUUGUCUCAAGUGCACAGAGACCAAAAUAAUUGUCCGUGGAAGAGCUAUUGCUGCUGAUACAGGAGAGCCCUUGAGAUUUGGACAUAUAUACAUGGGAAAUGCAAGAAUCAGCAUGACAGGGUACAAGGGCACUUUCUCCAUCCAAGUUCCUGCAGACAAGGAGAGACUGGUUCUUACUUUUGUUGAUCGACUACAGAAAUUUGUUAACACCACAAAGGUUCUUCCAUUUAAUAAAAAAGGGGGUGCUGUGUUUCAUGAAGUUCAUCUUCUUAGGCGAAAAGAGCCAGUAAUAUUGGACUCUAUGGAUACAAACCAGAUAUCACUCGGAGACAUGGAAAACAGUGAUCCCAUGGCUGAACUGGAAAUUCCUCCAAACUCUUUCUAUCGACAGAAUGGAGAACCGUACAAUGGAAAGGUUAAAGCCAGUGUCACAUUUUUGGAUCCACGAAAUAUAACAACUGCUCCUGCUGCACAGAGUGACUUAAACUUUGUAAAUGAGGAAGGAGAUACCAUGCCACUAAGAUCUUAUGGAAUGUUCUCUGUUGACUUUACUGAUGAGAAAGGUAUAGAAUCUUUAAAUGCUGGAGCAGUUAAGGUCUACCUUGACUCCAAUCAGGUCAAAAUGUCAGAACACCUUCAGAAAAUGAAGUUAUGGUCUCUAAACCCAGAAACUGGGCUUUGGGAGGAAGAAGGAGACUUUGUGCAAGCAGCAGUUCGACGGGGUAAAAGAGAGGAGAGAACUUUCCUUGUUGGUAACAUGGAAAUAAGGGAAAGAAGACUGUUUAAUCUUGAUGUUCCUGAAAGCAGAAGAUGUUAUGUCAAAGUUCGUGCAUACCGGAGUGAAAGGUUUCUACCAAGUGAACAAAUAGAAGGUGUAGUGAUGAACUUAAUAAAUAUGGAACCUACAUCAGGAUUUUCUUCCAAUCCUCGUGCUUGGGGUCGCUUUGACAGUGCCAUAACUAGCUCAAAUGGAGCCUGUUUGCCUGCAUUUUGUGAUGACCAAAGCCCAGAUGCAUACUCUGCAUUUGUAACAGCCACUCUGGGUGGAGAAGAGCUAGAAGCAGUAGCGUCUUCUCCCAAGUUUAAUCCAAAUAUUAUUGGUGUUCCUCAACCGUAUCUGAAUAAACUGAACUACAGAAGAACUGAUCAUGAUGAUACCAAGGUCAAGAAAACAGCUUUUAGCAUCAAUGUAGCUAAGCCAAGUCCCAAUGUUGCUGAAGAGAGCAACGGUCCUGUUUAUGCUUAUGAAAAACUUCAAGAGUGCGAAGAGGCACCCUACAGUGCUGCACAUUUCAGAUUUUACAGAGUGGAAGGUGACAGAUAUGACUUUAAUGCUGUGUCUUUUAAUGAAGAUGACCCAAUGAGCUGGACUGCAGACUAUUUAGCUUGGUGGCCAAAGCCAAUGGAGUAUAGAGCCUGUUUCAUGAAAGUUAAGAUUGUUGGUCCUCAAGAGAUUAUUGUAAGAUCUAGAAACAUGGGUGGCACACAUCCUCAGACAGUUGGACAGCUCUAUGGAAUUAGAGAUGUGCGUAGUACCAGAGAUAUGGAGGAAUCUAACCUCUCUGCAGCAUGCAUUGAAUUCAAAUGUAGCGGUAUGUUGUAUGAUCAAGAUCGAGUUGACCGUACACUGGUAAAGAUUGUCCCACAAGGAAGUUGUCGAAGAGAAGUCAUAAACACCAUGCUGCAUGAAUACCUUGUCAACCACCUGCCAAUGGCUGUCAACAAUGACACCAAUGAGUAUACCAUGUUAGGUCCUCUUGACCCUCUUGGGCACAAUUAUGGCAUCUACACAGUAACUGAUCAGGAUCCAAGAACUGCUAAAGAGAUUGCCCUUGGCAGAUGCUUUGAUGGCACCUCUGAUGGUACAUCAAGGGUCAUGAAGAGUAAUGUCGGAGUAGCUCUUACUUUUAACUGCUUGGACAGAGAUGUUGGCCAGCCAAGUGUAUUCCGCAGUGGGAAUGGACUGGCUGCUGCAAGCUCCGCCAGACAGGGUGGCAGAAAUGGAAGACAACAAAGAGAAAGCAGCGGACCUAGGUUAACAAGUAGACUACAGUCUCUCUUAGCUACCAGACAGCGCAGCAAUACUCAGUAG